AUGACUACGAUUGAUACCCGGAAUCAUAGCUCCGACAUUCUCUCCGGAAUUGGAUUCGAUGGAGUAAGCGUCACCACCACCGUAUCGGGGAACGUCAAAGACACCAGACUAAACAGACUAGAUGCAAUUUCCAAAGAAGUAGAGGCAGAAUUAGUCUCACGAGACAUCGGCCGCCACUCGGUUCAAGUCCUUGAAGCUGUGAACACAGUACUCUUCGACCUGAGAGGCUUCAAGAGGACAUCUAUUCCUUUAGACCCCAAAUACUUUUACCUUCACUCUGUACUUAACUGUAGAUGCGGCACUGCAUUUUUGUUUAGCGUAAUAUACAUUGAAGUUUGUCAGCGCCUUGGUGUGCCUAUUGUGGGAUCUCGAGUUGGGGAAGAUUUUUUGAUUUGGCCUAGGACGGAGUAUCCUGAAGAACUCUUUAACACAACUUCAGGACAGAGCUUGUUUGGUAUUGUCAAUGGACGCUGCGUUGAUGAUCCUAGAUCCAUGGCAUCAGAUUUAACCGCAAAAAGUCACUACAAGACUUGGAUAUUUCAAUGA